CUUUCGCAGCCUUAGUCAUCGCAGCCAUAUGAUUUCUCCCAGGCCCCGCGGAGUGUGUGUGUAUAUAUGCGGCUGCAUGUGAACCGAUUUGAUUUUUUAUUUAUUUGGAGUGAUGCCUCGGCUACAGUAAGAUGCGAUUUUGAGGAGGGACAGUCAUGGAUUUAGGAUUUCACUCUAACGCGAGAUCGCCGCUGAUAAAACACCAUGGAGUGAUUGGCACACAGUAGAUCGACCUUUUUUUGGUCCAUCGUGUCUCGGUGCUCCGAUCCUGCGUUUUUUUGUUGUUGUUUUUUGUUGUUGACGGAUCCCCUUGGCAAUCGGCAUUAUUUCCUCCCCGUCUGUGGCUGUAUAGUGGGGGGAGGCGGAGAGAGAGCCGCGGUGGAAGGCGGCGUAUUAGCGCUAGAGCUGCCCAUCAGGAAGGAGAAAAACUGUUUUAUUUUUUUUAGGGGAAUGAAACGUGGCUUUUUGUUCUUGCGAGCGGACCAAACUUGUGCUCCACUGCAGCAUUUUGCGUCUUCUCCCUCCGCUGCAGAAUAUACGGAAAGGCAUCAUAUAGCGAUGCCCCACCACUGCAUUUUUUGGGCAAAGAUAAGAGUGGCGUCGUCUUGCAGUUCUAAGGCUACUAUGGCAGCAUAAGGGGGGCAUCGUCUUCUGGAAGGGGGAGAAUCCUCCGAUUCCUCGCUUGGCUGCAUCUACAAUGCCUUAUUAUUAUUAUUAUUAUUAGCGGAGAGCAGUGACUGGAUUUGAACCCCCAGCAUCAUCCCGCGGUUUCCCCCCCGUCUCAGAAGCUGCUCUUUACCCAUUGCAAAUCACUCGAAAGAAGCAGCGGAUCCCGAUGGCAUGGACACUUAUGCAAGGUCUGCCGCCGCGCUGCCGUGCUACUGGAGCCUCCUCGCUGUCUCUUCAUUCAACCCAGCUCCGUCGCCAUCGCCCCGCAGCCGAGAGAGCCCUGCCGCAACGCGACCAGCGACCACCGAGCCAAAGCAGGCGGCAUGAGGCUUGAUUCAGUGCAUUUAUCCAUGCUGGUCAUCGGGGUCUCAUUCGCCUGCUACUCCCCGAGUUUGAAUUCCCUGCAGGACCAGGCUUACAAAUCCGCCGUGGUGAUCGAGGGCAAGGUGCAGUCCACGCCUGGGAACGUCUCCGCGGAGACGUACCGUGUGAAUGUCAAAGUGCUGGAUGUUUGGCCCCUGAACAGCGGGGGUCUGGAGCGGGAGCAGCUCGUCACCGUGGGGGAAUUCGGAUCCGAGGCGCCGUGCACCAAAGUGAAGAAGAACCACAAGUACAUUUUUUUCAUGGACCCCACUGACCAGCCCUUGGUUUUCAAGGCAUCGUUUGCGCCUCUGGACACGAAUGGGAAGAACCUUAAAAAGGAUGUUGGGAAGGUCUUGUGUUUGGACUGCGUUGCGGCUCCAAAGUUAAAACCGAUGAGGAAUCCAAUAAUAGUGGACGAGGGGAAACGGCUCACAGUAAAGUGUGAGGCCACGGGGAACCCUCUCCCCACCUACAGAUGGUUCAAAGAUGGCAACGAGCUGAAGAAAAACAAGAAAAUCAAAAUACGGAACAGCCAGAAAAACUCCAGAGUCCAGAUCAGCAAAGCAAAACUGGAGGAUUCUGGGAAUUACACAUGUGUGGUGGAGAACCCGCUGGGAAAGGACAACUCCACUGGCAUCGUAAACGUCCAAAGCAUAACCACAACGCAAUCUCCAGGCUCAGGCCACACCAGAAGAUGCAACGAUACAGAGAAGGCCUACUGUGUGAAUGGCGGCGACUGUUACUUCAUAGAUGGUGUAAAUCAGCUCUCCUGCAAGUGUCCAAAUGACUUUACUGGUGAUCGCUGUCAAACCUACGUUAUGGCCAGUUUCUACCAGCAUCUUGGGAUUGAAUUUAUGGAGGCUGAGGAACUCUACCAGAAAAGAGUCCUGACAAUCACGGGUAUUUGUGUGGCUCUGCUGGUCGUGGGCAUCGUGUGUGUGGUUGCCUACUGUAAAACCAAGAAACAAAGAAAGAAGAUGCACAAUCAUCUGCGACAGAACAUGUGUCCAGAACAUCCCAAUCGUAACCUAGCUAACGGACCCAAUCACCCAGGACCAGGCCCAGAGGAAAUCCCCAUGGUAGACUACAUAUCAAAGAAUGUCCCUGCAACUGAGCGAGUCAUACGGCCUGCAACAGAGGGGUCGUUCCCUGCCAGCCACGCCUCUUCAAGAUCUCACAACUCUUCCACACGCGCCCAUUCAUCAACUCACAGACAUGAGGAGCGGACCUGGAGCCUGGAACGCUCGGACAGUAUCCUGUCUGACUCGCCGGGAAUGAUGUCAUCAUCCGUGGGGACCAGUAAAUGCAGUAGUCCCGCGUGCAUGGAGGCACGGGCACGGCGCGCUGCACACUGUGGUUACUCUGACCCCCACCGGCCGGGCCUACAGUACGGGGAAUCCUUCGACUCGCUGGGGGACUCUCCGCACAGUGACAGAUACGUGUCAGCCCUGACGACACCAGCCCGCCUCUCGCCAGUGGAUUUCCAUUACUCAUUGCCCCCACAGGUGCCUACCUUCCAGAUCACAUCCCCCAAUGCCAGCCAUGCCAUGUCUCUCCCUCCUGCUGUCCACAACCCUUACCCUCUGGAGGAUGACCAGCCGCUGCUGCGCCGCUACCAGGUGCCCCUACACGAUGCCCAGUGCCAGGAGCCUUACCGGCAGCAGCGUCGCACCUAUCUUAAUGACAGCAGGGGGAGCCUGCCCUCCAGCCCCUACCGGCUGGCUGAGGAAGAAGACUAUGAGACCACCCAGGAGUAUCUCUCCUCUCGAGGGGAGCAACCAAAGAGAAGUGGGUCCAGUGGAGCUGGUAGCCGGCGCUGGAGGAGAUCCAGACUGAACGGCCAUGUGGCCCCACGUGGAUAUGAGGCAUCUCGGGACUAUGGGUCUCGAAGCUGCCUAACAGAUAGUGAGUCAGAGGAAGAUGGUGAGAGCACGCCCUUCCUCAGUAUGCAGAAUAUGACUGCUGAGCCCUCCACCAUCUACAGGCCGGUGGACAGUCGGACUUCUCACUCAUCGGGGCGGCACAGUGGGCAUGGGAACAUGCAUACAAGACUUACACACUCACGCUCCAAACCGGACAAUACACCCCAUUAAAGAGUGAAAAUGAACCAACAAAAAUAAAUAUAGUAUAGACCUGCAUCUAUAAGAAAUAUUUUUAUUUUAUAUAACUGACAGAUAUUCUAAACAAAUGAAAUAUUUAUUUUCAUUUUAGCAAAAGUUGUCUACUAGUUAACAGCAAAGACUUUUUUAUAGGGAAAACUCUAUUUAUAUGUACAUUUUGAUUUACAGCAUAAAAAGAUGUGCCAGUUUUUUCACAACGUAAAAAAAUAGAGUAAUAUUGUGGUGCCUUUUGCUGUAUGCCGAUGCCAGAGGGCCAGUGGAGGUUUUUGUAGCCUUUCUUAUAUGGACGCCUCAUUUUUUAUACACGUUUAUGUUUUUUCGUUUUUUUCCUGUUUUACUUUCUUUUCAAGUUGCAUUCUUUGAGGAGUCUAGCCCCACUGGAACAUAACCCCUUCCAUAUCACGCAAUAUAAACCACUUCAACAUAAAGUGUAUGUUUACAUUAAUAUGAUUCACCUGUAGGGUUUAUGAUUUGGGAUUUAAUAGAACGCCUGAUAAAUACAAUGUAAAUCCUUUUUUGCCCUCUGACUAAUGUCUACCAAGAGAAAGAGAGAGAGAGACGGUGUGCGUGUGCGUGUGCGUGUGUGUGCGUGUGUCCUUGUCAGUGUGCGUGUGCGCAUGUCAGUUUGCUUGCAUGUAUUUGUGAUUGUUAGAUGAGUUUUAUUGUUGUGGUAACAUCUGAUGUGUGGGUGUGCUGGCGUCUCAGCAGAGGUAAUAGAUGAGAGUCUCACAGGUUCACAGAAUAGUGCUUUAUCAGACCAGUGACCCCCGGCGCAGGUGGACAGAUAAGACUGCUGUAGGGCUGUAUGUUAUGCAGGUCAUUGCUUGAUGUGUUUACAGCUAUUCUGCCCCCGUUUCCCAGCCUGCCCCAGUCAGGUCCCUAUUAUCUCUCAGCAGGUUUUCUUCAUGUUAGCCUGUUAUGAGGACAACAGACACUGAACCGCUUGGCACAGGGUGACCUCCCGCCAUCAGAGGUGGUGGCAAAACAAAAGCAAAGAUUGCAUCUGUUUUCACUCAACUCCGACCCCAAUCACAUGCCUCAUCAUCCUUCUGUGUCCAUUCUGUUUUUGUGGCUUGUGUUAAAAGGCCACACAGUGUCUCAGGAUUUCCACAUGACACCCACACACCCCCAAAACACACUCACGCACGCACGUACACACACACACACACACACACACACACACACACACACACACACACACACACACACGCCACCGUACCCCCACACCUCCACCUCACCCCAACUUCACCCCACUUCCUGUACUAAGACUAAGGUUCUCAGAUGUUGAGGGCCUGGAUGUUAACACACGUCAACCACUUCCCUGAACACUCGCAUAGUUAGAGAAAGAAGCAGCUCAGCGGAGAACAGCGCAGAACAUACGAGACAACAUAAAGAGAAAUAGCUGUGAAACUUUGGAGGAUCAUACAAUGCAAAAAUAUGCAAUCUUUCUAUUUUGCUGUUUGAUUACAUCAUUUUCUAAGAGGUGUCUGUCGUGUGCUGUGUGUGAAAAAGCUGUGUGAUGCCUAUAGUGCAGAAUGAAAUAACAUGAUAUAAAUGCAUAUUUACCUGAGUUAUUUUUUUAAAGCCAUUAUGCAGCCAUCUAUCCCGUUGUCAGCCUUUCUAUCCUCCAAAUACUCACGUCCAUCGAGUGACUGUGUCCAUGACUUUGGUUUGUCACCGGGUUUAGACCGCUCCACUUUACAUGCACACGGCCGAGUAACGUCUCCUCCAAUAGUACUGCUUUGUCUUGGAUCUAGUCAUUUUCAAAGUUAUUCCGCCAGUAGUGAAACGAAACUUAUAAAAGCCCUCUGUCCUCCGGUGAAGGAAAUAUUGAGGAGAUAACUCAAAGAACCCAUUAGACGUGACUCAGUGAGAGGAAGGCUGAUGAGGUGUCAUCACUUUCUGCUCCUCGUUGGACAACAAAUAAAAGUUUAAUUAUCACAUGGUAAUCUGUUGAAAAGAAUAUCUUUAAAAAGGUUGAUUAUAUCUGCUACAUGUUAAAUGCACAGUGGUGGUGUUUUAGAGAGGGGUCUUUUGUACAUCUGAAAAAGUGCAAAAGAAGACGGUACUGCUGUAGUUUCAAAGUGGAUACCCCCCCCUAGACUACCAGGCGCCUCCUGCCGCUAUCUUCUGUUUGAUUUUUAAGACCCCCACCCCUCACCCUACACCGCCCCACCUCGACCCCCUCCCCACCCUCGCUUGAAAAUGUUUGAACACCUCUCCUCUGCAUGUCCUUGUGGUCAAGGUUAGAUGGGUGCAUGGUAAAAAAAAAAAAGCAGCAGACAAUUCUCUUUUUUUUUUUUUUCAGUCGGUGAAAGUGUAUUUCAUUUAACAUUCAGCAAUAAAAAAGAACCUUUCCCCCCCCCAUGUCAUUCCUGAAAUAUGCUAGAAAAAAAGAAAAAAACUGCGAGAUUGUCAUAGAUUGUAAAAUAAAAUGAAAAAUGAAUCCACCUGUUCAUAUGAGAAAAUAAAUCUUUAUUCAUAUCA